AUGUUUUGUAACAUUUUGCUUCAAGAGAAAGCCAAGCAGGCGGCCAACGAGGCAGCCAUAAAGAAGUCGGAGCUUCUGGCUGCCUCUGGACGCAAGCCUUCGACCAAAUCGCCGACGGGCCGUCCGACACUUGCUCCUCCAUCGCCGUCUGCAACCGCUGAAAUAGGCAGAAAAAAAUCAGCUGGUGGCUCGAACACGCUUGGAAAGACACGCCCGGGCUCGACGAGAGGACAUAAUGAACAUAAACUAGACAACGCUAAUGCAGACCAGACGGCAGAAGAAGCGGACUCGCUCGAGCGCCUAAGUCCUAGUCAGGAAACGUUUUGGCCGGUAAGUACAUUAGGGCACUUUAAAAUGGCCUUAUUAGCAGCAUAUUAA